AUGCAAGAAACACUCAACUUUGCAGAAAAGCUGAGACCACAUUUGAAAAAAUGUGUGUCUUUGUUUCUAUUAACAAUAUUGGUAUUGAAUGAACCAAUUAAUUCAGAAAAUGUCCCACAAUUAAGAAGAUUAGGAUCUCAUCAUUUUCAUCACACACAUCACCAUACACCUGUACAGGUCCAAGGAAGUAUUGUAAGAACGCCAACUGCCCAGGGAAUAGCAAGAGAGCUUCCUGUCCCAACACCACUAUAUUCCCAAGUUCCAGAAGUACGUGGAUCUGAGGAAACUGUAACAUCAAUACAAGAAACAGUUGUUGAGACUGGUAAUCCAAAAUAUUCAAAAAGAGACGUGAUAGUCACCAGAGAUCCAUUUUAUACAUGUCCAAUGGGAUUUAACUUUGAAGAUGGAACAUCGGCAUCCCCUCAGCAAAAAUGCUUUAAAAUGGAAGUAGCAGACUUUGUUUUAGGAUGCCCAAAUGGUUGGGCAUUUAAUGGGAUUAAAUGUACAGGAGUUUUAACAGCAGAUGCACAACAAGCAUGUGAUGAAGGCUCGGAUAUUUUAAUGGAUGAAAAUGUUGGUAUUCAAUGUAUUCAAAAUCUUGUUGCUCCGAAACUUAUUUCUUGUCCUGAAAAUUACUUAUUACAAGAAAAUGAGUGUGUUUUUCCAAUGCAUUCAAAGCCUGAUUUAAUUUGUCCAGAAUCCUUUGUGCCACUUAGUAAUGGAAAUUGCCAAAAAGAUAUAAGAGUUCCAGCAGCAUUAGAAUGUCCUCCCGAGUAUAUUUUAAACAACGGAGAAUGUGAGAAAAGAGUGGAAGUCCCAGUAUCUCAAUUUAACAAAAUCUGUCCAUUAGGAUUUACCUUGGAUACCAAUGGUAACUGUACAAAGCAAGUUAACGUGAAUGCAUUAUUUGGUUGUAGAGAAGGAUACGAAAAAUCUACAAUGGGAAACGGAGAAAAUGGUUGUGUCAGAUCAGUAAUAAUAGAUGCAAGAUAUAGGUGUUCACAAGAAUAUGAGCUUGUAAAUAAUCAAUGUAUAAAGAAACUUACAAAACCCCCGAUGGUUUCCUGUCAAGAAGGUUAUUCUCUGGAAAAUAGUAUAGAAUGUGUCAAAGAAAAGAAGAUACCAGCCAAAUUUGAAUGUCCCAAGAAAAAAGAUUAUAUGUAUAACCCACAAACAAAGUUAUGUCAUUCUAUGAGUCAUCAUCAUUCCCAGAAAACACAUCAACCUUUAGUAAUAUGUCCAGUGGGAUCUAUUGUACAAGAUAAUAAUCACUGUGUAUCUGUAGAGAAGUCGUUUCCAAAAGUUGAAUGUUUGGAAUCAGGUAAUGGAAAAUGUAAAGUAAUGGAGACUGAAAGUACUGAUAUUGAAUGCCCACCUGAAUUUAUUUAUGAAGGAAAUGGGUUAUGUGUUAGUAGAAUACAAGCAGAUCCUCAGAUUAAAUGCCCGAACGGUUCAUCUGCAACUCCUCAGGGAACAUGUUUAAAAAUUGAAUUAAUAUUACCGAAACCAUUAUGCCCAGAAGGAUUAAGACCAUCAAUAACAGUAAUGGAUGGACAAAUUCCACUAUGCAUAGGAAGAGAAACUGUACCAAAACAAGAAACUUGUCCUUCAAAUUAUGAACUUGUAACGGCUUCUGAUACUGGAUUAAGGAGAUGUAGAACAUAUACAAAGAGCGAACCAAUAAUAGCUUGUGCAAAUGGAUUUGUAGAGGAUGCUCAAGGGUGCGUGCAGACUAUUAAAUCUUCCCCGAGAUUGCUUUGUCCGGAAGACUACAUACUUCAGUAUUCCAGAUGUAUUAAACAAAUUGAGGAUAUGCCAAACAAAAUGUGCCCAGCAGGAUUUGAAUUGAUUGAUGAUGACCAAUGUAGUCAGACAGUUUACUCCAAACCAAUUCCAAAUUGUCCUGAGGAUUAUAUGUUUGACAAUAUUGUUAAGAGAUGUUAUAAAGUAGAUGUUCAGUAUGACUUUGCAUCUGUAGAUACUAAUGUUUACAAGCAGAAUAUUACAAACAUUGUACAAACAGGAGAAAAUAGUAAUAAAGAGAAGAAUGAUGAUGAUGAGACAAUUGAAGAAACUUUUCAAGUUAAUAAUGUUCCAUUCCAAAACCAGAUUCCAAAUUACCCAGGCAUAAGGUAUCCUCCGUAUCAGAGGUUACUUCCUCCUCAAACUCAAUCUCAGUCCAUAAGGCCUCCUCCAGUUCAAACGAUUUAUCCUCCUCAAGCAUAUUUACAAAAUGGGGCCUAUUCAAAUUAUGGGGGAAUUAUGCCUCAAACUACACAACUUAACACUGGUGCUGCAGGAUAUGGCUAUCCCUUCCCGGGUUUCCAACAGUAUGCACCUGCCCCAAGGUUCACAAAUAGUCCAUCUUACCCUGUUUAUAUGAGGAGUCUUUCAGAGGAAAAAAAUGAAUUAUAA